AUGACUGACUACAUUCUCUACGCCUACUUCCGCUCCUCAUGCUCCGCCCGCCUACGCAUCAUCCUCAACCUCAAAAACAUUUCCUACGACCACAUCCCCAUCAAUCUCCUCAAAGACGAACAGCUCUCCGCCGAACACAAAGCCCUCAAUCCAUCUGCUUCGGUUCCCCUCCUCGUAUCCAAACGCUCUCCCGACGAAGGCUUUAAAAUCGGACAGUCUGUAGCAGCUCUAGAAUAUCUGGAAGAAGUACACCCAGAGGUGCCCACUCUCCCAGCAAAGAGCGAUGCCAAGAGCCGCGCCACCGUCCGUGUACUAUGCGAGAUUAUUGCGGCAGAUACGCAGCCCGUUACGAACUUGAGAAUCAUGCGCCGAGUCAGAGCGCUGGGUGGGAGUGCAGAGGAAUGGAAUAAGGAGUUGAUGGGUGAAGGGUUGAAGGCGUAUGAGGCGGUUGUCAAGGAUUCUGCAGGGAAGUACUCUGUUGGUGAUACUGUUACCAUGGCAGAUGCGUGCUUGAUGCCGGCUGUUUGGAAUGCACAGCGGUUCGGGGUCGAUUUGGCCGAGUUUCCGACAAUUUCCAAGGUUGUCAAGAAUCUGAGUGAGCAUCCCGCAGUGUUGAAGGCGGAUUACUUUAGCCAGCCUGAUUGCCCUGAGGAAUUGCGCAAGAAAUAA